AUGAAUGAGACAGUUGCAGAGAGAAUUGUACGUGAGUUCCAAGCUCUCACGUUCCAAGACGACAAGGAGGUUGCGCACCAGCUUUCUUCCUUGUCCGAGACUCCUGAAGUGCACAAGGUGCCGGGCACUCACUUCAGCAUGCUUCACGAGCCGAAUGUUAUGAAAGUCGCGUUCAAGGUCUUGUCGGCCUUGUACAGCGCGGAAGAGGAAGACGAGGGGUAG